GCGCAGCGGCGAGUAGCUAUUGUGCGCUUGCGCGGGAAGUCCCGCAUGCUCAGUAGCCCAGAUACCCCGGUGACCUCUGGACUGCGGAGCGCCGUAGUGAGCGCCGCGAGGGACCUGCAGUUUGGGAACGCGGUUUUCCGGAGCCCUUUCAGUGUGUUUCGCCUAACGUGGUCGCAGCUUUGGCACAGUUCCUGUUGCUUCCUUGGCCCGUUUUCCCCUGGACUAUUCGUCUCUGGCUGCUGAUCCAUAGAGCCCUUUAAAGCCAGCCAUGGCCUCGGGCCCCACGGUGCUGAUGCGCUUGGUGGCCUCGGCCUACUCCAUCGCGCAGAAGGCUGGGGUGAUCGUCAGACGCGUGAUUGCCGAGGGAGACCUGGGCAUCGUGGAGAAGACCUGCGCCACGGACCUGCAGACCAGAGCAGACCGGCUGGUGCAGAUGAGCAUCUGCUCCUCCCUGGUGCGGAAGUUCCCCAAGCUGACCAUCAUCGGGGAGGAGGAUCUGCCCCCAGAGGAUGUGGACCAGGAGCUCAUCGAGGACGGCCAGUGGGAGGAGAUCCUGAAGAAGCCAUGCCCGGCACAGUACCUCGCCAUUAAAGAGGAGGACCUUGUGGUUUGGGUUGAUCCUCUGGACGGCACCAAGGAGUACACUGAAGGUCUCCUCGACAACGUGACCGUUCUCAUCGGAAUCGCCUACAAAGGGAAGGCCAUAGCAGGGAUCAUUAACCAGCCCUAUUACAACUACCAGAACGAUGAAAAGCAGACGCUCAGAGAGCUCAGCGAGGAGGCGGAGGCGGGACCCGACGCCGUGCUGGGGAGGACGAUCUGGGCGGUGCUGGGGCUGGGCGCCUUCGGGUUCCAGCUGAAGGAAGCCCCCGCCGGGAAGCACAUUGUCACCACCACGCGCUCGCAUGGCAGCCAGCUGGUGAUGGACUGCGUGCAGGCCAUGGAGCCCGACGCUGUGCUGCGCGUGGGCGGCGCGGGGAACAAGAUCAUUCAGCUGAUCGAAGGCAAGGCCUCCGCUUACGUGUUUGCAAGCCCCGGAUGUAAGAAGUGGGACACGUGUGCACCGGAAGUUGUCCUGCACGCGGUGGGAGGCAAGCUGACCGACGUCCACGGCAACGCCCUCCAGUACAGCAAGGACGUGAAGCACAUGAACUCCGCCGGGGUCCUGGCCGCGCUGAGGAACUACGACUACUACGCCAGCCGCGUCCCGGAGUCUGUCAAAAAGGCGCUGGUUCCUUAAAAGAGUUUUAUUUCCUCAGCCAGGGGAACUUGGUUCUCAAGACAGUUCAUUUUAAAUCUGAUGGAAUGGAAUUAUUUAUCGUUGAUUAGUAACUUAUGUUAGUUACUUGGGAAGAAAAAUCACAUUAAAGAAUUGGUUGCCUUUAUGGGGUCUAACACUCCCACGCCCUACCCGUGUAAUAAAUUUUGUCUGUUAUUUUUCCUAUUUUAAAAAUGUAGCCAGGCAAGGUGGUAUGGGGCUGCCCAAGCGGUGAGGCAGGAGGAACACCUGGCCCAGGAGUUCAGGGUGCAAGCGAAACCCUCUCUCAACAAAAAAUGCAUUUAGCUUUAUUAAUCAAUCAGCCAGACCAAUCUUGCAUGUGGAGAGUUUAUAAAUUCAACAUUUUAUAUUUCCUUUUCUCUUCUCGGGUGGAGAAAUGAGAAAGGUUUAGUUUUAGCCGACCCUUUAGGUCAUUUGUGCAAUCAACAUUCCUGUCUUAUAAACCAGAUUUCUUCAAAGCGCAGAACCUUCAGUUGUUUUGGAAUUUCAUCCUUGUCUUUCCCAGUAAUUUUUAAUGUGUUCCCGUCCAAUUACGAUUGUAUAUAUUGUUACUGUGUUUGAUGAGAAAUUUAUGGGAAAAGUUUCUUCAGAAUAAAUUAUUUCGUUGUA